AUAAAUGCAAGAGUCCGCAGCCUUGCUCGCAUUGUAGUUGUAACGAGUGAAAGAAGAGAAAUUUGCGAAGCACAGAAAAAGAUGGGCACCAACCAGAGUGAGGUUGAGAGGAAGAGUGAGAAAGAGCUCAAGCAUCUUGGCUUUGUGAGGAUUGCAGCGAUUCAAGCCUUUGUUUGCGUCUCAAAUCUCUAUCAAUACGCCAAGCAUAACUCUGGCCCUCUCAGAUCUGCCGUUGGAACGGUUGAAGGGACUGUUUCCGCCGUUCUCGGCCCCGUAUACAACAAAUUCAGGGAUGUCCCCGACGAUCUCCUUGUUUUUGUCGAUAACAAGGUGGAUGAAGCUAGCCAGAAAUUCGAGGAGCAUGCACCUCCAUUAGUGAAGCAGGUAGCAAGGCAAGCAAAGGGGUUGAUCGAGGAAGUGACACAGAAAGCAGAGAAGGUUGUGAGUGAGGCUCAAUCCGGAGGAGCAAAAGCAGCUGCACAUUAUGUUGCUGAGGAGUCCAAGCACAUUGUGCUAACUGGCUCAGUUAAAUUGUGGAACGGUCUAAACCACUAUCAACUGUUCCAUGCAGUGGCAGAGAUGGCUGUUCCCACUGCUGCACACUGGUUGGAAAGCUACAACCAUGUGGUUGAGGACUUGACUGCUAAGGGUUAUGGUGUUUUUCAGUAUUUGCCUUUGGUUCCAAUUGAUGAGAUAGCCAAGGCAUUUAAACAGGGAGAAGGAGAAGCGAAUGUCAAUGAGAAUGGAGAUGGAGGUGUCAUUACUGGACAGAUAGCACAAUCUGAGUAAUUUAGCUAGUAUGUACUUGUGUUUUAAGAAAGUCUACUUUAGAUUAAUGUUAUGGUAUGGUAUCCUUGUGGGGUUUAAUUAAAGUGGGUAUGUAUGGGGUUGGGGUGUGAAUGGAAAUGUAAGAAAUGGGUCGAGUUAAAAGACCCAUGUAGCUAGCUCUCAAGUCUCAGCAAUUAUGUAGAAGUUAAUGUGGUGUCAGUUGGUGCGAUAAAUGGUGAUGCUUGUUCA